AUGAGCGAGGAAGGCAAUCAUUUUUGGCAUGGCUCAGUCCUCCUUGUCACGAAACCCGGGUCAAAGAGACCUUCCCUCGAAUUGAAGUCUCUAGGUGCGUGGGAUGGGAGGACACGGGUUUCAAGCUCGCAAUGGCAGGUGGUGGACGGUCUGAUGCUGUAUUCGGACCCGGACAAGACAUUCUGGCGGUUCACACUUCGCGUCCCGCUGGUGGAGGCGGAAGCAAAAUGGCAAUACACGAUACCCAACAUGAAGUUCCUCACAGAUGUCAACAAAAGCCCGUCCAGGGAGUUUGUUGUGCCGGCUUCGACAGAUUCCAUGCGCAUCAUGUUCCACUCGUGCAAUGGCUUCUCGGUGGGAACGGACGAGGCGUUUUGGUCAGGUCCGGUAUUGUGGAACGACGUGGUCAGAACCCACCAGCAACGUCCUUUCCAUGUCAUGAUCGGCGGAGGCGAUCAGAUCUACAACGAUUCCAUCAGAGUCAGCGGCCCGUUGCAGGAGUGGACGGCGAUCACCAGCCCCGGGAAGAGAAAGGAUUACCCAUUCGGCGAGGACCUGAGAAAUCGAUGCGACAAAUGGUACUACGAGAAUUACAGGAAAUGGUACAGCGCGGAACCCUUCGCCACGGCCAAUGGUCAAAUCCCUCAGAUCAACAUCUGGGAUGACCAUGACAUUAUAGACGGAUUCGGUUCUUACACGGACCAUUUCAUGCGAUGUCCCGUGUUUCGUGGUAUCGGCGGAGUCGCGUUCAAGUACUACUGUCUGUUCCAGCACCACACCGCCCCUCCUGUCUCGACCUUCACCACUGAUGCUCCCACCACCAUGGAGGCGGGCGUGGGAGGAACUGCCGGCGCCGAUCCGCGUCAACUGAAAGACACCUAUGUCUACAACCGAACGGCGGACGACCCCAGCUGGAUCGUAGGCAAGCGACCAGGCCCUUACGUGGAAGAGAGGUCGAGGAGUCUGUACAUGCGGUUGGGUCGACGGAUAGCCUUUUGUGGUAUUGAUGCUCGAACAGAACGCACACGGAAACAAGUCAAUUACCCCGACACGUACGACAUGAUCUUCAACCGGUUGCAUAACGAGUUCAAGGCCGCGCGGGGAGAAAUCAAACAUCUCAUUCUGUUGCUGGGUGUCCCGAUCGCCUACCCACGACUUGCAUGGCUGGAGAAUAUUCUGACGUCUCCCAUCAUCGCACCGAUCCGUCUGCUCAACCGCCGCUUUGGCUUUGCCGGAGGGUUCUUCAACAGUUUUGACGGCGGAGUGGACUUGCUCGACGACCUGGACGAUCACUACACCGCACGCCAUCACAAAGCCGAGCGACGCGAGCUUGUGGUUAGGCUGCAAAGACUGGCGGCCGAGUUUUCCAUCAGGGUCACCAUUUUGGGGGGUGACGUCCAUCUGUCCGCCAUAGGCCGCUUCUAUUCCACGCCGGCCGACAACAUGGACGCCCUCGAAGACCCUCGCUACAUGGCCAACAUCAUUUCCUCGGCCAUCACGAACAAACCGCCUCCCAAAGCCGUGGCGAAUCUGUUGGCCCGACGCAACAAGAUCCACCAUCUGAGAGACGGCAAUACCGACGAAACCCUGCUCAACAUGUUCGACAAGCAACCUGGAGGUCAGAUGAAGGGAGCCGACUGGAACCAUUGUACCAUGCCCAGUCGGAACUACGCAUGUAUCACAGAGAUCCUCGAGGAGCAGACCAACAAUGGAACCCAUCACCCUCAACCUACCAAUGGCGUUAACGGGUCCGUGACGGUCAACACGACGGGCAAACCCGGCAAAAGUCGGCCGCGCAGCGAUAUCGACGGGCGAACUCCACUCCACGUCGGCGAGGAGGGCGCCGGUACAGAACAUCCGGCGGCCAAUGGGCUCAGUAACCAAGGACCUCUCCCGGGUGGGUUGAACGUUGCUAUCAGAGUGGAAAUUGACAACCAUGACCCUGAAGGCAAGACCGAGGGGUAUGGAAUGAGCAGUAAGUUCCUUUUGGCGGUCACAAACAAAUCGUUGUUCCCAGCAGUGAAGAAGUGUGUUUGGCAAUUUAUCCGGAACCUUGGCUAA